AUGCGCAGGAUCAGCCCAGACAUGGAGAUGGCGGGGUUUCACGGCCCCCACACAACGCAGCAGGUGUUCGAGCAGCCGCGGGCACAGCCAGUCCCGGGGCGACACGCCCCCCCAACAGUGCAGCAGGGGAUCGCGCAGCCACAAGCGCGGCAAGUUCGGAUGCAGAACCAGCAGCAGCAUGUGGAGACCGCUCGCGCGCAGGCCAUCGCCUGGGCCUCCAAGAAGCAGAUCGCCGAGGCGGGGUGGCAACGAGUGCGGCAGUGGCAUCGGCAUCGGCGACUGCAGCAUCCAGCGAAGGACGUGCAGCCGCAGUUGCCCCACAACCGGAGCGCCCCGCUGCCCAACGGCCGCGGCGGCCCCAGCCAGGAGCCCGGGAGCGGCGCGCGCGAGAGCGGCUGCGACGGCGGUGGCGCGUACGGCGCCCGAGGCCCCGCGGCCCCCGCGGCGCAGCAGGACCGAAACCGACAGGCGCAGAUGAACCACCGGAACAUGUCCAACCACGGCGUGGACGAAGGUGUCCCGGGCAACUACGCCGCCCAGAGGUGGGGUAGAAGAGAUGGAGACUCUGGGCACCAGCAUCCGCUGAUGCCGCAGCAGCAUCAACAGCACCAGCAGGGGACUGCAAUGGACCGGGCAACUGGGACGACCCUCCGAAGCAAGGGACGGGCCGCGGCAACUUCCAGGGCGACAGAGGAGACGGCCGCCUGCAGAGCUUCAGCUCCCAGGAGGGGCGCUGGCAGCCGCAGCAGGGGGCUCCCCAGGGCUGCGGCGCCCAGGGCGGAGGCGGCAUGGGGCUGA